CAGAGGAAGUUCAAAGAAAAGGUGUCAAUUCCUCCGUUCUGUUUGGAACAAAACCGAGCCGUUCAAACCAUACAAAUAAGGUAUGCAAAAUCUUCAUUAUAAAAAUCUAGUUUAUUUGAUCAACUCUCAAACGUUUCCCGCCAAGGCAGAAGUAGGAGCUUCAAGAGACAAAAUUGAGCACCAUUUUGUCUUUUGGCAACAUUUUUUCAAGUACAGAGACAGAUAUCAGUUCAGAUCGAAGGUAUUUGGGCACGGUGGCAGCUCAUCUGCUUUUCAGCAGAUGGGUUGAUCUGGUUAACUAUAAUACUAAUUUGAAUGCCUGGGGGUUAACUCCUAAAACUGAAAUUAUAGGCAUAAGUUUGAAUCUCUCUUAAGGGUUUAUCAGAUUAGGGUUUCAGUUGCCAUACCAAUCCUUAGGCCAACCCAAAAGCUAUAGUUUGAAGGUUUUUUUUUUUGGAAUGGGGAGAGGGAAUGGUGACGGUAAACUCAGCAAGAAUGCAGUGGAAACAGUGAGAUGCACUAAUUCGGCGAGGAAAAACAGUACCAAUGCAGAGCCAUUGGAUAAACCAAAGAGUAGUAAGUGCAAAGCAGUUUCGAAGAGUCUGGAUUAUAGAAACACUCUCUGUGAGGAAUGUAGAAAGGGAGAUGGAGAAGAUAAAAUGCUGUUGUGUGAUAAGUGUGAUAAGGGAUAUCACAUGUAUUGCCUUUGUCCUGUCGUUGUUAAGGUUCCUACAGGGAAGUGGAUUUGUACACAAUGCAGUAAACAUGAUAAAGUAAAAGUAAAAGAAUUUCCGUUAGUGCAGACUAAGAUCAUCGACUUCUUUCACAUUCAGAAGCCUGGUCUGGUUGCCUCAUCCAAUGAUUUUCAAAAACCCAAGAAGCGUGGUUCAAAGCUGGUUGUCACUAAAAAGAGGAGAAGGUUGCUACCAUUUGUACCAACUCAAGAUCUGGAUAGAAGGUUGAAGCAGAUGGCAUCUCUUGCAACAGCACUUACAUCUGCAAGGGUGCAGUUCAGUGAUGAACUGACCUAUAUGUGUGGCAUGGCUCCACGGUCUUCUAAUCGGGCUGCAUUGGAAAAGGGUGGGAUGCAGGUGAUGUCAAAAGAAGAUAAAGCUGCCCUUGAUAUCUGUAAAACGAUGACUAGCAGGGGAGAGUGUCCUCCACUACUCGUUGUUUAUGAUUCAAAAGAGGGUUUUACAGUAGAGGCAGAUAGCAAUAUAAAGGACCUCACAAUUAUCACAGAGUACACAGGGGAUGUUGAUUAUUUGUGCAAAAGAGAAAAUGAUGAUGGGGACUGUAUGAUGACUUUGCUCAUGACAGGACAUCGAUCCAAAAACCUUGUUAUUUGCCCUGAUAAACGUGGAAAUAUAGCACGCUUUAUCAAUGGGAUAAACAACCACACACCGACAGGGAAGAAGAAGCAGAACCUAAAGUGUGUGAGAUACAAUGUGGAUGGAGAGUCCAGGGUUUUCCUAAUUGCAAUAAAGGAUAUUGCCAAGGGUGAAAGACUGUAUUAUGACUACAAUGGCUAUGAGAAAGAAUACCCAACAGAACACUUUGUGUAACCUAGGGCCAUUUGGCACAGGCAAAUGAAACGAGAAGAUGAGUUAUUCAAAUAUCAACCGAUGAAAAGUGGCCUGUGAGUGAUGCGGCAAUUUUUUAAAAACAUAUGUUUCGAAGAAAUGUAUGGGAUGAAAUAGAUCUGUGCAGUAUCUGCUUGACAUUUUUGAAAUCACAGUUAUUUAUGCUUUUUGGCAUUAGAGAUUUUGUCAAAUGUAUUGUGGUUUGUAUCUUCUUGGAAUCAAAUAGCAACUUUCUGUUGAGUUGAAUAGUCCAAAUGAAUUGCUUCAUAAUCAUGACUAUCCUU